AUGAUCAGAAUGAGUACUUCGAUAGUUGUAAUACGAUUGUUGAUUUGCGCGGUGAUAUUCAUACCAACAUGUUGCACACGCUAUGAUUGGCACUUAAAUCUUAAGACUUCCGAAUUAGACCUAGCAAUCAAAACAGCCAUUGACAAAAUUGAAAGCAGAUAUCGUUCAGAGGAUAUUAUAUUAUCGAAUGUUAGUCGUUCGAUAACCGGAAGCCCGGCUCAUGGACAACUGAUCAAUUCUAUGCCUUCCAAAAACGGACAUUCGGCAUCUCGAACUGCUGAAAUUUUAAUUGAAGCUUCAUCACAUUUGAUUGAUAGAAGCAGGAAUGGGUAUGUUUAUAUACCUGAUAGACAAUCUGCAAUAGAUUUAAGCAUAGUGAAUCUGACUGGGACAAUAUUCGGUGAGAUGUGUAGGUCCGAGUAUAACAACAGAAAUUUGUGCACCGGGAAGGACUUAAAUUAUCGUAGUGCUGAUGGGUCUUGUAACAACCUGGAACGUAAUUAUUUGGGAAAGGCAAACACGGCUUAUAAACGUUUGCUCUUUCCAGAGUACACAAAUGGUAUUUCCGAAAUGCCAAAUUUUUACGAAAAUAAGCUGCCUGGUCCUAGAUUAGUGAGCACAAAUUUUGUAAAAGACGAGGACUCACCUGACCUCACAAAAACUAUGAUGAUGGCGUACUGGACGAUGUUCAUAGGCCACGAUCUAUCACACACUGUGGUUUCUACAAUGGGGACAGACCAUAGAUUUGAGAGUUGUUGUGAUAAGGACAAAAAUAUUCAACAUACUUUGAUGAAACACUUAAAGUUAUGCAAGCCCAUAUAUACACCAAUUGAAGAGUGCAUGAACUACGUCCGUUCGCGGCCUGCGAUGCGUACUAAUUGUACAUUUGGACCCAUGGAACAAAUGAACCAAGCUACCCAUUAUUUAGACGCAUCGAUGAUAUACGGUACGUCGGAACAACAGACAUUGUCGUUGAGACAAAUGUCGUCCGGCCAACUUUUGGUAGAAAAAAAAUUUUAUCACCUUCCUAGUACUGAUCUUUUGCCGCUGGAAACCACCGAUACGAACUUUUGUCAGAACGGCCCAGGCACGUGCUAUAGGGCUGGUGACAUUCGAGCAAACGCAUAUCCACAACUGACUGCCGUGUACACAAUGUGGGUAAGGGAACACAACCGGAUAGCCCUAGAAGUGCAUAAAGAAAAUCCCUUCUGGAGUGACGAAGAAAUUUUCCGGGAGGCCAAGAAAAUCGUGACUGCUUUCAUACAGCACAUCACUUACAACGAAUGGCUGCCGGCACUGCUUGGCGUAAACUACACCAAGGAAAACGGUUUAGGACUGGGACAAAGAACCGUGUAUGACGUGACCGCCGAUCCGACCGUUAGCAACAGCUUCGCGACCGCGAUACUGCCUUUCGCCAAUUCCAUGAUUGGCGAUAAUAUUAGUUUCUGGACAAUACUUGACGAAAGAUAUCAAAAUCCAACAAUUGAAAUGAGUGAAGUUGCUAAAUUAAAGGAAAAUUACAAUAAACCACUCAAAUGUAUGGAAGAUUCGAGUUAUAUGCUAAUAGGAUUAAUUGUGCAAGCUACACAAAAAGUCGAUAUGCUGUUUACUGAAUCGAUUACAAAUUACCUAUAUGUUAUGGACCCAAAUUAUUAUUCGUUUGGCAUGGACAUCGUCAGUUUGGAUAUACAGCGAAGCCGCGAUCACGGUAUUCCAAGCUACACACAAUUUAGAAAAUACUGUGGACUUAAAGACAUAUUAAAUGUGCAAGAUUUGUCUGAGAUCAUGGUGGAAGGUUCAGCUGAUAAAUUAUUGAAGCUAUACAAAACUUGGAACGAUAUAGAUCUAUUGGUUGGUGCAUUGUUGGAGAAACACGUUGACGACGCAAUGGUUGGCCCUACGAUGAGGUGCCUCAUCAGGGAACAAUUUGUAAGAACUAGAAUUGCAGAUAGAUAUUUUUAUGAUGUACCAGGAGUAUUCACUGAUUAUCAACUGGAGAAUAUCAAGCGCGUGACGCUUUCCAGAGUUUUAUGUGAUAGCGGGGGCGGGUUAAUCGACAGGAUUCCACUACAAGCCUUUUCGAGACCGGCGGAAUUUGGUAAAUUUCUUCGUCGAUGUGAUAGCGAAAUUCCGAAAUUCAAUUUUAGUGGUUGGUUCGAUAAAACCAGAGACAAUUUUUUUGGGAUAAAUAACUCUAAAAAUUAA